AUGCUAAAAAUCGCAGUAUUUCGCUUCUGUAUAAAAUUACGAUACUAUAAAAGACUAACCUUCUUUAAUUUCCAGCAAUUUGCUAAUCUCAUUCAUACUUUUUGUUGCCUUUUCACUAUUCUGAUGGAGGAGGCUUCUAAUAUCCAUAACAACUAUAAGGAUCCUAGGGGAGUUGGUGUAACGCUACGUGUCAAAGACAAAAAACUUCAUACAAGAGAUGGCAACUUUUCUUUUGUUUACCGGGCAAAUAUUUCUCAAAUCUUCGAGGACGGUUCUGAACAACAGCCUUCUCAAUUGGUCGCUCUAAAACAGACAAUUGUUCCAAGAGUUAGGGAUUUUCGGGAACUACACAUACUUCGUUGCUUGUCUGUUCGUCAUCCUCAUCCAAAUAUUGUAAAACUAAUGUACUAUCGACGACGCAAGUACUCGUCAGAUCAAGCUUAUAGUUUAGUCUUCGAAUUUGUACCUGCAACAUUAGCUCAGCUUAGAACAGAAUAUCAUAAAAAUAAAAAUGUGCUCGACAUAAAGCUUUGUAUAUGGCAGUUAUUCGCGGGAUUGGAUCAUCUUAGGAAGUUGCACAUCAUCCAUCGGGAUAUUAAGCCAGCCAACUUGUUAGUCAAUUCAACAACUGGACGACUUACAAUUGCCGAUUUUGGCUCAGCUAUCUAUUUGGCUCCUUAUACCGAUCGAUUCCAAGGAACAUAUGCAGUUACACGCUUCUACCGUCCUCCAGAAUUUAUUUUGGGAGCUGCACGCUACAACUGUAUGUCAGAUAUUUGGUCGGGCGGUUGCAUCUUUGCUGAACUCUAUUUGGGGGAAGCACUAUUCCAAGGCAAUGACGCAUUUUGGCAAUUGCAGCUCAUCUACACUAAACUUGGCACCCCUUCGAUUGAUGACUUGAAAGAUAUGCACGUUCGUGAAUGCGAUUUUAUACCUGCUGUUGUAUCUCAGGCAGUUUACCCGUUUCGAGAGCUAUUUUUGAUAUUUGAAAAGCUUAAAUAUCCUGCAGACAAAAAUCCAGCAUCAUUAAUUGUGAAAAUACUUGAUUUAAAUCCAAAAAAGCGUCUGAAUGGCCGUCGUUUGUUGUUCGACGAAUUCUUUGAUGAACUUUUCCAACCAGGCAAGAAACGUAAAGGCGGGGGACUUGUAACGGAUGCUAUUAGUUUGGAAGAACAAAAACUUGUUUUCGGCACAGAAGUAUAG